AUGUUGCGCCACCGCGGUCAAGACAUCCAGCGUCUGCGCCUCCGCCAGCACCUCGGCUCUCCCAAGACAGCUCGCAACCACAGACAUGCCCUGCGCAACCCUACUCGUCCCAAGGUGUUCCCCUACCGGAUCGCCUUCUCCCUGCCGUCCUCGGGCAUCGUCAUGCGCGACGGGGAUUCCGCGCCCGGCGAGCUCGACCUCGAGGCCUCGCUUCACAAGUUCCACAUCGACACGGCCGGCGCACCGCCCGCCAUGACGCGCGACGACGAGAGGGCGUUCCACGCCGAGGUGUGCGGCCUCCUGGAUGCCAUGGAGGAAGGCACGCGGCCGUCUGCCGCGCAUCGCCUGCUCAUCUGCUUCGCGCCCGACUACGCGACGCCCUUUUUCCUCUGGGUCAAGACGCACUUUGACGCGACACACGGCAACCUGUCGUUCCUCUUUGACGGCGACAGCCUCGUCACGGCGUGGGCCGAGGGGCACGGCCUCGCGACCCGCACGUGGAUGGUGCCGCUCGCCGCGCAGCGCUUCAUCUUCCCGCACCCGCUGGGCCACGGCGUCGGGCUCGUCGGCGCCGCGCCACCCCACGACGACGCCGCACCGCGCGACGUCAACUGGGCGGUGCAGUCGCUGGGCAAGCCGGGCCACGUGACGCCCGUGUUCGGCCCCGUGCUCGCCUUUGCCUACGCCACCGACGACCACGGCAGCUUCGUCGCCGUCGCCGACGCCUCGCUGCGCGACCUCACGCACGCCAUCGACGCCCUCCUCCAGGCCCCCUGCCACGCCGCCCCGCCGGCCCCCGACCGCGCCCGCCACCGCCACCAGCCGGCCCUCAAGUUCGCCGACCCGGCGUCGCCGUGGCACCGAGCGCUUGGCGCGCCGCCCGUCGAGAUGGCGACGCUGCCGUGCUGGAAGAGGGGGUUUCCGCUCACCGUGCCCUUUAGCCUCGGCCUGCGCUGGAUCGUGCACCCGGCCGUCGUGCCGCGCGGUCUGCGCGCCUCGACCGUCUGGGGGCCCGACGCGCUGUCGAAGCUGUUUGGGAGCGUCGUCAUCGUGCGCCAGGGCCAGGGCCAGGGCCAGAGCCAGGGCCAGGGUCGUCGCGGCGGUGGUGGCGCUUUGCGGGGCGAGAUGGUCUUCCAGCGGCUGCUGUUCUGGCACGGGUUUUCCGUGACCAAGACCGGCUUGCGCGCGGUGCCACGGAGGGUGGGUUUCGGGGCUGGUGGGAGGAUUGGAAGGAUGGGCUUGUCGCGCAGGGGAGAGAGGUGGCGGCCCUGGUGA